CUUCAGCUUCUUCAAGAAACAAAUACAAAGGGAGAUUAACGGAUUCUUUUAAAAAAUCUAGUUUUCUCUCUUUCUUUUUUUUUUCUUUCUCUCGUUUUGGUGCACGCUUCCUUCGUUCUCAGCUUUUUCCCAAUAGCUUGGUCGUUUGACUUGAAUCUUUGAUCCUUUUUGGGAUGUUGAUGUGUUGAUUGGCGUGCAAAUUCGAGGGAAGUUGAGCUCUUUUCUGGUUCUUUAUCAAGAAUCACCAGUUGUAUAGUUUUUGCUGUUAUUUUGGUUGGGUUGUGUUCACUUCUGCUAAGAACUUACAAGGAACAAUCAUUUAAAGGGAAAAUCGUCGAGUUACAAUUUUGGUGGAAUAUGGCAGUGCUGGAGUCAAUUGCAACAAUUUCUCUUCUUGGGCAUCGUUCGUUGCAUGGUAGAAUUUCUGUUAGGGAUAUUCCCUGCAAACAAGAAUCAAGAAAUUAUCGACUCCCAGUAACAGAAUUUACUGGUAAAGGGGUUGUUCUUUCACUUCCUUUACCAAGAUUGAAAGGCUGUGGGUUAGUUAAUUCUUCGAUAGAGGCUCGGGCAAUAGAGCUGACAAAGGAGGUGCAUGCGUAUAGAGAGGAACGAAAAUCUCCAAGGAAAUGGAAGGAUGAAAUUGACGCUGGUAUAGAUCAAAAACCUGACUUGUGGCCACCAGAAAAUAGAGUUGAUAAACCCUCCUUGCAUAAUCCCUUGCUUCGUCAAGAAAGGAUGGGUUGUGGUUGGUUAGCUGCUAUAUUUGAAUGGGAAGGAGUUAUAAUUAACGAUAACCCUGAGCUUGAGAAGCAAGCCUGGUUGGCUCUCGCUGAAGAAGAAGGCAAAUCCCCUCCCCCAGCCUUUACACUCAGAAGAAUAGAAGGAAUGAAGAAUGAGCAAGCAAUUUCUGAAAUUCUGUGCUGGUCUAGAGAGCCGGCAUUAGUGAAAAGAAUGGCUGCAAGGAAGGAAGACAUUUACCAAGCUUUACAAGGUGGGGUGUAUAGAUUUUGUGCUGGUUCUAGUGAGUUUGUGGAUGUUUUGAUGAAUUACAAAAUACCAAUGGCUUUGGUCUCUACUCGACCAAGAAAAACUCUGGAGACUGCAAUAAGAACAAUUGGUAUUGAAGGGUGCUUCAGCGCCAUUGUGGCAGCAGAGGAUGUUUGCCGGGGAAAACCUGAUCCAGAGAUGUUUGUAUAUGCUGCACAGCUUUUAGAAUUUGCAGCUGAGCGCUGCAUUGUAUUUGGAAAUUCUAAUCAGACUGUUGAGGCUGCCCGUGAUGCACAGAUGAAGUGUGUGGCAGUUGCCAACAGGCAUCGUGUGUACGAGCUUGGGGCUGCAGACUUGGUGGUAAGGCGUCUAGAUGAGCUUUCAAUUGUUGAUCUAAAGAAUCUUGCCGAUAUAGAACCAGCUGAAUUUGGAUCUGGGAAGCCAAAGCCUGAGAUGGAGAUGGAGAAGGAUGAGGAAGAAGAUGGCCCGUCCGCCUCAACUGCAAUGGAUGAUAGUAUUUUCUGGUAACUCCUAAAAAUUGUACAGUUUUCAAUGUGUUUCCUAUGAUUCUUGAUGCUAAUUGUUCCAUUUAUGUGUAUAGAGCAUAGGAGCAAAAAGAGAAAGAAAAUAAAAAAAUGUGGUCCGCAUUGGACAAGAUUAACAUGGAUGUAUGGUUUGUAUCAUAUACAUGUUUACUUUUUAGAAUUUCUAAUACUUGUUUGGUGCUUUCUAGUUCCUUAUAUUUCAAUCUAACAUUUAGCUUGCAAAUUGGCCUAUUUCUCCAUGAGAAUUCAGAAUGCUAUAAAAAAGUCUAUAUGCAAUUUCUUUGCUUUUUUUUUUCCUGAAACCAAAAACAAAACAUCUCUAACAAACAAUCCGGACCAAGUGCAUGAAUAUAUAAAACAACAACAAUACACUACACCUUAUAUCUUAUACUCUAGGGUCGGCUGUAUAAAAAACCAAAUAAGGGAAUUAUGUUAAGUUAUAAUUUGAAUCUUCUUAAAUCACUCAUUUCUAUCAACAACAACAUUUUCAUCUAAUUCUUUAACCAUCAUAUCAUUUUUUGUUACUUGCAUUCAUAUCUUUUAUGGUCUACCUUUAAAAGUUUUGAUCUCUUUUAAAUCUAGAGACUCAAUUCUCCUAACAGGUGCACAGCUUGGCCUAAGUUUCAUAUAUCCAAACCAUAUUAAAUAACUCUUUAUCAUCUUUUCCUCAAUUCAGACUAUCUCUAAAUUUUCUUGAAUCUCUUCAUUUAUGAGUUUGUCUUUUUUAAUCUUAUCACACAUCCAUUUAAGCAUCCUCAUUUCCGCUAUGUUCAUUUUUUUCUCAUAUUAUUUCUUAACUGCCCAAUACUCGUUCCAUCUAGCAAUACAGGCUUUACAGUUAUUUUAUACAACUUCGUUUUAAAUUUUAAAGGCAUGUUGCGAUCACACAACACACCCAACGCAUUUCGCCACCUCACUUAUCCUACUUGAAUCUUAUACUAGACUUUCAUUUCUAUAUCAGUAUCAUUCUGAAUAAUUGAUCCCAAAUAUCAAAACUAGCUAUUUUUUGGCACAACCUCAUUAUCCAAUUUAAUCACAUUAGUAUCUGUUUCUCUAUAAUAACUAAACUUACAUUCCAUAUAUUCAGUUUUAGAUUUGUUCAAUUUAUAACCUACAAACUCCAAUGUACUUUUUCAUAAUUUUAAUUCUCAUUAAGAUCAUCAAUCGUUUCGGCAACUAAAAUUAUAUUGUCAACAAAUAACAUACAUCAUGGCAACUUAUCUUGAAUACGUGCAGUGAGCUCGUCCAUAACUAAUGCAAAAAGAAAUGAACUUAGUGUGAAGCCUUGAUGUAAUCUUGAGAUAAUAGAGAAGUUAUCUGUCAUGCCUCCAACCAUCCUCAUAUUUGUUACAGCUUCUUCAUAUAUAAUUUUUAACUGUGUUGAUGUACUUUCAAGGGAUUCUUUUUUUCAUUAAGGCCCAAUAAAACAUCUUUCGAUAAAUUUUAUAGUAUGCUUUUUU